GUGAACCAUAACUUUUUCCGAUGUUGUCCGGUAUUAUGUUAGAUUUUAUUGUUUUUAUGAAUGUUUUCGACUGAAUUAAAAUAGUUUUAAUACUUUACUUAAGUGUAGCUGUGUUUGUAAAAUAAAUCUUCAACAUUUACUUCAAACUUUUGUUUAUGCCGUCCACCACAAGGAUUUGAUAUGGAUUCUUCAUGACAAUGGCCUUGACUGAACAAGGCUAAAGACAAAAGAUGUCACGAUUGUCCCAAUUUUACACCGUCGAGGUGGGCGACACGAAAUUUACCAUUCUAAAGAGAUACCAAAACCUGAAACCCAUUGGAUCUGGAGCUCAAGGGAUAGUUUGUGCUGCAUUGGACACAGCAACUCAACAAAAUGUGGCUAUUAAGAAGCUCAGUCGACCGUUCCAGAACGUCACACAUGCCAAAAGAGCGUACAGAGAGUUCAAACUCAUGAAACUAGUCAACCACAAGAAUAUAAUCGGUUUAUUGAACGCUUUUACGCCACAGCGGACAUUAGAGGAAUUCCAAGAUGUUUACCUAGUUAUGGAGUUAAUGGACGCGAAUCUCUGUCAAGUAAUUCAGAUGGAUUUGGAUCACGAGAGGAUGAGCUACUUGCUCUAUCAGAUGUUAUGUGGCAUUAAACAUUUACAUUCCGCUGGAAUUAUACAUAGGGACUUAAAACCCAGCAACAUAGUAGUGAAAUCAGAUUGUACUCUUAAGAUUCUCGACUUCGGUUUAGCAAGAACUGCAGGUACAACAUUCAUGAUGACCCCUUACGUCGUUACCAGAUACUAUAGGGCGCCUGAAGUCAUAUUAGGUAUGGGAUAUACCGAAAAUGUGGACAUUUGGAGUGUUGGUUGUAUCAUGGGAGAAAUGAUCCGCGGGGGAGUACUGUUUCCUGGCACUGAUCACAUAGAUCAGUGGAAUAAAAUUAUAGAGCAACUCGGCACACCGUCGCAACAAUUCAUGGUGCGACUGCAACCAACUGUCCGAAAUUAUGUAGAGAACAGACCGAGAUAUCCAGGAUUCACGUUCGAAAAACUCUUCCCUGAUGUACUUUUCCCAUCGGAUAGUAAUGAACACAACAAACUAAAAGCUUGCCAAGCCAGAGACUUGCUUUCGAAGAUGUUGGUGAUCGAUCCUCUGAGUAGGAUAUCUGUGGACGAUGCACUUUUACACCCUUAUAUUAACGUAUGGUAUGACGAACAGGAAGUUAAUGCUCCUGCUCCUGGUCCAUACGACCACAGCGUGGAUGAGAGGGAGCACACAGUUGAACAAUGGAAAGAACUUAUUUACCAAGAGGUUAUGGAAUACGAAACUUCUCACGGAAGAGGAGCAUCUUCUAGUUCUCAACUAAGCCCCGCUGUCAAUAGUGAACCCAACGGUAUAUCUUAGUUUGUAUAGUUAUUUAGACAUAUGAGUUCGUUAUUUAUUGAUUUUUGUGGAAAUUUUCGCUUGAUAGUACCUGUGACAUGUUUAUAUUGUGUCAGCAAAUAUUUUACUUAGCUAGUGAAGUGCCGACAUAGAUUUUUUUACUUUCUAAACUGCUCUGCUCAACUGCAGUGGUCAACAAAAUCGUCACUAUACACGAAAGGGUGGUCUAUGUGAAGAAUAUUUGCAAAAAAUAUAUAAACAAACACGUAAAAAACGUGUUGUAAUUAAUCAAAAUUUACGGCAAAUUUAGGAACUUAAAAUAAGCAAAUGUCUGAUGGGGUCUCAUUCAUUUUGAAGAGAUUUGUAGGUUUAAACUAUUCCUGUGGUACCACAUUUUGUAGUCUAUUGCAGUUGAAUUAAUGCCGAAAGACGAGACUUGCUAAAAAAGUGGAUUAAAGUUUAUGAUAGCACUUCAUCGAGUUAGUUUAGGAUGGAAGGUAAUCUUUUUGUUGGUUGUAAAAUGUGAUUGAAAAGAAAUACAUACGACAUUUUAUUUGC